AUGAAUUUAACCCCUAUCCAAUCCGGUUCGAAGUGCAGUUCAGAUUUUAGUAUAGAGAGGAUUUUAAGUGAGGAUAAAAGACGGGAGGAACAUGUACAGUCUCCGAACUGGUUGUGCUGUACGAGAUAUCAGCCACCUAGACUUCCACGUUCAUCAAACGCCUGCCGCAUUCGUCGUUCUGGUCGUCACGCACGAGUGCCAUUCACAGCGACACAGGCUGCGGCUUUAGAAGCUGCCUACACCAGGUCUCCUUACCUCGCUCCACCCGCGCUUAGGGCUCUGGCAGCGGCUUUACAACUCCGAGACGAUAGGAUAAAAAUAUGGUUUCAAAAUCGACGAGCUCGCGAGCGGAGGGAAAGGACUGGAAAUCUAAGUCCACCCAAAGCAGUGACUUUGCCCUCAACAAACUCAAAACCGAUUCAACAGAAUGGAAUUUGGAUGACACAUCAAAAUCACCAAAACUUUGAAUUUGUAAAAUCAGAACAUAUAAGCGGUUUUGAAAGAACGAGCGAAGACACGUCUCUACCUAGAAAUAAUCGUUCGUCUUUUAGCAGUGUUUCAGACGAUGAUUCGAGUGGAAGCAGCUUAGAUAUAGAGACUGUGAACGAUUAA